CCCUGAUAUCCAAAUACCACCAUUCGACGAUUUCAUAAAAUAUCUUGAAACAAGAGCUCUAGCUCUCGAAAACUCGAGCAACAAUGAUGUCAUCGGCGCUAGGAAAGUACAAGCUACUGCUGCAGUAACAAAUAAUCAUGUAGCUAAGUGCUAUUACUGUGGUAAGUCAGAUCACAAAAUAUUUUCAUGCCCCAAGUUUUUGCUUGCAUCGAUUGCAGAACGUGUUGAAUGUAUAAAAGCUAAAAAGCUAUGCAAAACCUGCUUAAACAGCCAUACAGGGAAAUGUCGCUUUCAUUUUAAAUGCACUCACUGCAAGCAAAAUCACAACACGCUCUUGCAUGAUGGAAAUGAAACAUCAUCAUCUAGUACUGAGGGUGGGGUAACGUUGCUGUCAGGCUUAAAUGACAACAACCAAGUUUUGUUACCUACUGCCAAAGUAAAAAUAUUAACUAGAAAUGGGCAGGAAUUGAUAGUCAAGGCUUUAUUAGACUCUGGCAGUCAGUCAUCUUUCAUUACAACUAAAUUAGCUAAUCUAAUUGGGAGAAAUCUACUAGCUACAAACACAGAGGUUUCUGGCAUUGCUAAAACUGGAAAGAAAAUACAAAGUUCCUUGCAAGUGGACAUAUUUUCAUGUGCUUAUCCCUAUAAAGUUAAUACUGACUGCCUAGUGGUGGACAAAAUAACUACUAACUUGCCACAAAACAGUUUUGACCUGUCACUUAUUAACAUUCCAAAAAAUUUAUUACUAGCCGAUGACACAUUCAAUAAAACAAGCGAGAUAGACAUUUUAUUAGCUGCUGACAUCUUUUUUCAGGCGUUGCUGCCCCAGCUUGAGGACCAGCACAAUGAGCUCAGCGAUCCCGCGACACCCCGACUCGUUCACACGCAGUUUGGUUAUUUGGUUGCAGGAAAAGUCCCCGUACAGUCUCCCCAUGAACUUCAGAGUACCCCUGUUUCUUUGUUUUGUCAAGAAUGUAAAACAGACUUAAAUUCUAAUGUUAUUCAGUUCUGGAAAUCUGAGGCUGUACCAGAAAUAUAUCCUGAGCACCCCACGUCUGAACAAAAAUAUUGUGAGGAAUAUUUUAAUGAAACGGUUCAACUUGUUGACAAUAAAUUUGAAGUCUCAAUGCCCUUAAAGAUUCCAAUUUACGAUGUAAACAAUACUUUAGGGAAUUCUCUAGUUCUCGCUAUGCGCAGAUUUUUGAAUUUAGAGAAAAGGCUCCAUAAAGAUGAAGCUUUGUUCAAAGAAUAUCAAAGUUUUAUUCAUGAAUACAUAGACCUUGGCCAUGCCAGCUAUGUCGAUAUUUCUAGUUACGAUUUUAACAAAGAUGCGGUAUACUUUAUGCCACAUCACCCUGUCAUACGUGAAAAUGCAGUUAGUACUCGUUUACGUACAGUAUUUGACGGAUCUAUGAAAACAACAAAUAAAAUUUCUCUGAAUGAUAUUAUGUUGAAUGGCCCUGUGGUCCAAAACGAAUUAUUCGACACUCUAUUGUUGUUCAGACUAAAUAAAUAUUUUUUCGCUUGCGAUAUUAGGCGUAUGUUUAGAAAUGUUUUAAUAGAAAAAAGUCAGAGGUCACUCCAAAAUAUAUUAUGGAGAGAUGACCCCCAUGAAUCCAUAAAAUGUUUACAAUUAAACACUAUUACUUAUGGCUUAAAAAACUCAUCUUUUUUAGCAACAAGGUGCUUAAAUGAGUUAGCUUAUAGAUUUAAAAAUGAAUAUCCUUUGGCUGUCCCAGUAAUUCUAAAUGCAACAUAUGUUGAUGACAUAUUGUAUACUCAUAAUGAUUUAAAUGUAAUAAUAGAAACAAAAAGUCAACUUUCACAAUUGUUAUCUAAAGGUAGUUUCUUCUUGCAUAAAUGGUCAGCCAACGAUUCCAGUAUUUUACAGGAUAUUCCCAAGGAACAGAGGUAUUCUGGAGAAAUUAACAUGCAAAAAGAUGUUAAAACGUUAGGGUUGAAUUUUGACGUCAAUUCAGACACUUUUAAAUUUUCCCCCCCGCCUAAGCAAUCUGUCAAGACCAAAAGAGAAAUCUUAAGUUUUAUCAGUAAAUUUUAUGACCCUCUUGGACUGAUUGGACCAAUCUUUGUGCAAGCCAAACAUAUUAUGCAAAAGCUAUGGCUGUCCAAAACAGACUGGGAUUCUAUUCCUCCGCCAGAAUUAAAUAAUAAAUGGCAAUCACUUUAUAAUGACUUAACUAACAUGUCAAGUAUUCAUAUUGAAAGGAAUACAAUGUGUAAAAGUGAACAUCAAACAUUUCAAUUAAUAGCAUUUUCAGACGCAUCCAAUGUGGCAUAUGGUUGUGCAAUUUAUGUGAGAACUAUUGACAUGCAAGGUAAAGUUCAAAUGUCACUAUUAUGCUCUAAGUCACGCAUAAAUCCCAUUGCACCUAAACAGUUAACCAUCCCACGUUUAGAAUUAAACGCUGCGCUUUUACUUGCCAAGUUAGCUUCAAAAGUAUACAAUACUAUUAGUCAGAAACAGAUAGUAAAUGAAGUUCACCUUUACACAGAUUCACAAGUCGUAUUGGCGUGGUUGAAGACCGAUCCAAUCAAAUUAAAAUCUUAUAUUGCGAAUAGAACAAAAUUAAUUACUGAAUGUACUAAUAACUUUAAUUGGUCCUAUAUACAGACAGAUAAAAAUCCUGCAGAUUGCUUGAGCAGAGGAACAAGUCCCUGCGACUUACCAAAUCACCACUUAUGGUGGUCAGGGCCUAAGGAAAUGUCAGAUUGUAAUUAUAAAUUUAAAAAUUGUACUUACCAAUUACCCGAGGACAUUCCUGAAAUUAAAUGUUCACAGAACGAGGCGGUCUGUGCGGCGGUAUCGCUGAGCUCAAAUGGGUCGUCAUUCCUUGAUAAUUUUAUUCACAAAUAUUCUGAUAUUAACAGAAUGAAACGUGUACUUGCAUAUGUCAUUAGAUUUUGUAAUAAUUCUAAACCUAACUCGGCCAAAAUUAAAGAAAACUUUGUUUCCUUUGCUGAGACUAACAAUGCAUUAUCUCUGCUUAUAAAGCACGAACAGCUCAAGUAUUUUUCUAAAGAUUUAAAUGCUUUGCAAAACAGUAUGCAAGUACAAGCUUCUUUAAGAGGGCUUAACCCGUUUAUAGAUGCUCACGGUCUUCUCCGGGUAGGAGGUAGACUGCAACAUUCUGGUUUGCCAUAUAACCAAAUGCAUCAAAUUAUAUUACCUAGGCAAUCUCUAAUUACUUGUAUGAUAAUUGAAAAUGAACAUAACAAGCUUUUGCACGCAAGUCAAAAAUUAAUUUUGUCUAGUUUAAACCAACGUUAUUGGAUUGUCAAUGCUUUACGCUUAAUUAAGAGUGUAAUAUUUAAAUGUAUUACAGAAUAGACCAAAAUGGAAAGAUAACAUGCCAAAUGUAAAGAUAGGCGAUCUUGUCAUUCUGAAAGAAUUGGACACACCCCCCAUGACGUGGCCAAUGGCUAGAGUCACAAAGGUAUUUAGAUUUACAAAGGAAAAAUAAGAGCCAUGGAAGUUAAAAAAGCAAAUGGUAAUUAUCACAAAACUUCUAUAACUAAAGUUUGCAUAUUGCCUUUAAAUUAAAUACCUAACAAUUUAAGUAAGUUGUUAUCAGGCUCAGUCUAACUACCUAUUAUUAUUAUUACCUGUGUAUAAGGUUGUCCAGUUCUCGUAGGCCUAGAUGCUUCUCAGGUAACCUAAUUGUGCCUGAGAGGAUGCCAAGAGACUUAGGCUAAGUUAAUUAAUAAGUUUAAUUAAGUUGAAUUGUAAAACUAUUCAUUUUCCUAACUAAAUUAUAGUUAUGUCACUAAGACUGGUUACUUACCAAUUUACGUUUGUAAAAGGAACAAUUCCUAAGUUAUAUAUAAGAGUAAAUAAUCGAAUAAUAACUAUAAGAGCAAAUAAUUGAUUUCACUAUUACUAGCUGCCUAUGUAACAAGUUCAUAAACUUAAAAUUUAAUUUACUUUACUUAAUUAUAAAUGUAAAAAAUAAAUACUAGAUACUUACAUAGGUACUUACCAGUAAUACUUACCUCAGUGGUUGUAUAACAUAAAAGUUAAAAAGGUUAAGUGAAAAACAAAAAAAAAUAAUUGUAGUUAUGUUUAUUGUAAAAUUACAGUAACUUAUAUACUAGUAAACCAUACUUACAUAAUUGUACUUACCUUCCAAACUUAAGCUAGAUAAAUUAAAAGUACUUAUCUUCUAAACUUAACCUACUUAAACUAAAACUAUAAAUAGAUAAUAUUAUAAAUAAUAAGUUGAAUGUGUAAUUGUAAUAGAUAGUUCAAACUAUUCUUCAUAGCACUGACAAAUGCAAAAGUUAUCGCACACAUUUGAAUCAGUUACCUAUUAAUUAUAUACUUACAGUCCAUUAUCGAAGCAUUAUCUUUUGCCUUGUUGGGAGUUAUGUUGAAAACAUAUAAAUAUAUUUAAGAUUUGUAUUUUAAAUAUGGAAACACUUUUGUAAUUACAUUCAUUCGCGGAGCUUUCGUUCUUCGCUUCUCUCAAUACAACACAAGACAAGA